GGUUGUCGCUUUGGCAUGUUUUGGUAGAAACUCGUCGGAAGGCCAUCUUAGGUCAAAUUUGAGGAAGUAUGGGCUACGAGGAUCACCCAGACGGAGAGCAAUGCUUCCACAAGAUUGCCACUGUCACCAAGUACUCAGGGUUCCUGGGCGUGGUGGCAUCAACAUUUGAUGUACUGAUGCUGAGCAAGACACAAGGUUAUGUGCCAACCCUUGUCUGCUACAUCAGGAGCACAGUUCCUGCAGCAGCUGCUGGAGCUACCUUUGCUGCAGUGACAUGUGUCUCCACUACUUUUAGGGGCAAAGAUGAUAAAUUCAACUAUUUCUAUGGUGGAGCAUCAGCGGGUGGAAUUUUUGGAGUUGCCGCACGCUCCUUCCGGGUGGGUGUGCCCCUGGCAGUUUUCCUGGGUUUCUGUGCCACUGUGUACAAGGACUCUAAGGACAAUGGCUGGAAGGUUUUCCCAACUGGUAUUAAGCAUGAGAUGGGAAUGAUCGAUUCCUCUGCGAAGUAUGAUUUCACAUUAACAAAACCAAGGUAAUUUUGGGAUUGGUAUCAUUCUUCAAAUUAGUUUAUUGUAUGAUUAUUGUUAAGAUGUUUGGAGGCAUACCUCUACAGAGUACAUGCUGUAAACUAGGUCUUUUGAUCUUCUGAAGAUCGCAUGCAGGCUGUAUUACCAUAUAAAUCUUGUAAAUAAAUUUUCCCAUUCAGA